CACUUUUUGUCUCAAUUCCCUCGAAAACCCUCUCCAUUUUUCACACACUGUAUAAAAAUCCCGAACCCCAGAUCCACUCCACUUCUUCUUCUUCUUCUUCUUCUGUUCCAAUUUGAGGUGGGUAGCGAUGAGCAAGCCGCAGACACAGAGACCGAAACCGCCACCGUCGGGGCGGACCAACCUUGCGUCGUGCAUAGUGGCCACCAUCUUCCUAAUCUUCGUGGUCAUCGUCUCCCUCAUCGUCUACUUCACCGUCUUCAAACCCAAAGACCCCAAAAUCUCCGUCAGCUCCGUCCAGCUCCCCUCCUUCUCCAUCCUCAACUCCACCGUCAACUUCACCUUCUCCCAAUACGUCGCCGUCCGCAACCCCAACCGCGCCGCCUUCCGCCACUACGACAGCACCCUCCAGCUCCUCUACUCCGGCAACCAAGUCGGCUUCAUGUUCAUCCCCGCCGGCGAAAUCGAGCCCGGUCAGACCCAGUACAUGGCCGCCACUUUCGCCGUCAAUUCCUUCCCCGUUUCGGAUCCCAAUCUCUCCGGGGCGGUCCAGGGCCCGAUGGGCUCCCCCCAGUUCGGCGACGGGCUCAGCGGGUUUCGCGGCGGAGGAGGCGGAGGGCCCACGAUGGAGAUAGAGUCGAGGCUGCAGAUGGCGGGUCGGGUUCGGGUCAUGCACUUUUUCACCCACCACGCGGAGGCGAAUUCCGGGUGUAGAGUCGCCAUUGCUGUGAGUGAUGGAUCUGUGCUGGGUUUUCAUUGUUGAUUUCAUUUUUGUGAUCCAUGAGUGAAAAUAUUGUAGCUCUUGUAGUAAUUUUUUUUUUUUUUGUCCAAAUUGGUUUAACUUGGGUGUUCUUCAAUUUGCUAAACCACCCAUGCAUGAACAACAAUGGAAAUGUAAAAAUGAAGUAAUUCUUGACUGUUAAUUUCUCUGCAAUUUUCAUUGUGCAUUCUAAAAGCAAUUCUCAUAAAGCUGAUGAGGAUUUUGGGGUUU